UGCCCCCCCCCGCGGGGGGCGGGUCUCAAGGGCGGCGCUUCCGGUCGGCAGAGCCCGGCGGCCAGAACGACGGCGGCGGCGGCGGAGACGCUGGGAUGGCGGGCGUGGGGAGCGAAGCCCGGUUUGCCGGGCUGUCGCUGGUGCAGCUCAAUGAGCUGCUGGAGGACGAGGGGCAGCUGACGGACAUGGUGCAGAAGAUGGAGGAGACGCAGAAUAUUCAGCUUAACAAAGAAAUGACACUUGCCAGCAACCGUAGCCUGGCAGAAGGAAACCUUUUGUACCAGCCCCAGCUGGACACUCUGAAAGCACGGUUGACUCAGAAGUACCAGGAGCUCCAGGUUCUCUUUGAAGCCUAUCAGAUAAAGAAGACCAAAUUAGAUAAACAGUCUAGCAGCGCUUCCUUGGAGACCCUGUUAGCACUUCUUCAAGCAGAAGGGGCCAAGAUUGAGGAAGACACUGAGAACAUGGCAGAGAAGUUUCUGGAUGGAGAGCUUCCUCUAGACUCCUUCAUUGAUGUCUAUCAGAGCAAACGGAAACUGGCCCACAUGCGAAGAGUGAAAAUCGAGAAGCUCCAGGAGAUGGUGCUAAAGGGGCAGAGACUCCCACAGGCCCCAGCCCUGUUGCCACCCAGGGUGCCCGAGCCAGUGUCUGCCGCUGCUGCCCUGCCCUACCCUGCCCCAGAAGCCAGUGGGCCUCCCUCAGUUGUGCCUCGGCGCAUUCCCCCGCCACCGCCCCUGGUGCCUGCAGGACGCUUAGCCACCCCGUUUACCGCUGCCAUGGGCUCAGGACAGGCCAUGCCCUACCCAGGAUUACAAUGCCCACCCCUCCCCCCCCGAGUGGGUCUCCCACCCCAGCAAGGAUUCUCUGCACAGUUUGUGUCACCGUUCCCGCCAGCUUUGCCCCAGAGACCCCCACCCCGGCUGCCUCCGCACCAGCCAGGCUUCAUCCUUCAGUGAGUGCCAACGCCACAGGCUUCCUGGGAUAUGUCCUCCGCCUGCCAUGCCAUGUUCCGCACACGGGGCUGUGAGGUCUGGCUGCUGUGCUGAGGGCUCUGUGCCCUGGGCCAGCUUGUCUGUCUGACUUUAGAACUGUAGGUCUAUGAGUAAGUAGAGGUAGAAGCCCAGGUUUUGUACACCGAGGUGGUUGUGUGCAGCAGGUCACAGCCCGGCACUCCUUUGUCAUGUUGGUUUGUGUUCUCAGUAUGAUUUCUGAGUGUUGUGUUGUUGAUGGACUCACGCGCCUGGGAAGAAACAAAGCCUCUCUCAUUCCCAUUUAGAAUUAUGGUCCUCCCAUUGCAGCAUUAUUUAAAAAGCAUGGUUAGUGAUCUCUGUUUUAUUUCCAAAGGACAGUUCUGUGUGUCUUGGCCCACUGGCUGCUGCAUCCCUGGUAAGGGGUGGCCAGCAUUGGCCUGUGGCUGGGCCAUGAUGUGCAGCUACAUUGUGUUCCCUACCUGGCCGCUGCUUUUCAUGCCUCAAAGCCACAAGCAAAGUUUGCACUUGGCCCACUGCCAUGUUCAGAGGCUGGGAGAGCUGCAGCCCGGGCUCAAGGAAACUUGGGGCCUGGACUUUGCACAGCAAACUAUCGCCAGCCCCCUCCUUUCCCCUCCUGCCUAGAGCCAGUCCCCAAGGGUUUCUAUGAAGAAAAACUCCCCCAAUAUUUUUACUACCUGUGUAAUUUUGUUUUAUAUUGGGAAAGAAAACUCUUUUGACACUCCGAAGAUCAUUCAGGGAAAUUUUAUAAAAAACAAAUAUUGUUUUGAGCAGAUAGAAAUGCAGAUGAAGUGAAUGCAAAUUCUUUUCAUGCAGGCAGUACAUGGUCACACCUGCAGGUGCCCUGCUGUGCCUUAGCUUCACCUGGUGCCAGGACUCAGAAGCCUGCAAGGGGCUGGGCAAAGCCCCUGGCACUCAGCAUUCUCAGAAGGGCUUGUUCAAGUUCAUUGUUUCGCUACAGGUGAAAAAGUCUGGCCACCUUUGAACCAGGAUUCUCUUAGCCAACAUUUCCUGCCUCUGGUUGGCCUGUGGCUAGGCCAGGGCCAAGUGGUGCUGUAGGUGUCAGACGGGGUAGCAGGAGGGUUUGGAGAAAGCUCACCAUCAGGAUCAAGGGGUGAUUAUGAACAUCCACAACCCCAGGGUAUGUCCUGGCCACCUGCAUCGCCCCUUCUAUUCCCUCUGGGAUCUCGUCUCUGUGCCACAUGUACUGACUUCCAGGUCCUGGCUGGACGCAGCACCAUGCACCUAUUGACAAGGCCUGUGUGCUCAUUGGUGGAACUUCUGGCUUAGUCCUCGUCUGUCACAUCUAGCAGCCGGGACCUGACCUAUGACCGUCAGCUGGCUACCAUCACAGUGACUGAAUCAAGGCAGAGCUGAAACAGUUUGUUCUAGUGGCCCAUAGACCAGGCCACCAACCUUUGUCCUCAGUUACCGUAUACUCCUGCUUCUGGACUUGAACUCUACUGUAUUGUAACUGUUCUUAAAAGAAAAUGGAGCUGUAAAGGAUGAUUCACUGCCACACCAAUCAGGUGGGGUUGCUAUGUUCUGUGAAUCUCAAGCAAGUGGUGCCACCCACCUCCAAUACCUCUGCUGCCAGCCUGCUGUUGGGGAUAUUUGCAGCCCAGCAGGGGCCUUGGUGAGACACAAGUUUGGUGUUGAUACUAUGAGGGCUGCCAGGCUGGGCCCACUGUCACUGUCCAGGGCCAUAUCUGGCAAUGUGGUUGUAAAGCUGUAGGACCCUUUUUAAUAAAGAGACUUGUUAACA